UUUCCAAUAACAGCACUACGAGAAGUGAAAAUGUUGCAGAAACUGAAGCAUAAACAUAUCACCGAGCUAAUCGAAAUAUGUAGUAGCAGGGCAUCAUCACACAAUCGUGAGCGUAGCACUUUCUAUCUGGUAUUUUCGUUCUGUGAGCACGAUCUUGCGGGCCUUCUCUCCAACACCAGUGUUCGACUGUCGCUGGUGCACAUCAAAACACUAAUGAAACAUCUGCUCGAGGGCCUUUAUCAAAUACAUUUUGCCAAAAUCCUCCAUCGUGAUAUGAAGGCCUUAUGCAAGAUUUUUCAGGCCGCAAACGUAUUAAUCACGAAAGAUGGCAUACUGAAAUUAGCGGAUUUCGGCCUUGCUCGACCACUAUUUUCAAAGUUACCUGGCCAACCGGAGCAUUGCUACACAAAUCGGGUGGUUACACUGUGGUACCGACCUCCCGAACUGCUGUUGGGUGAACGACAUUAUGGGCCACCGAUUGAUAUGUGGGGUGCUGGUUGCAUCAUGGCCGAGUUAUGGACGCGAACACCUAUUUUGCAAGGAGAAAGCGAGCAAAAGCAGUUAUCCCUCAUAUCAAAUUUAUGUGGAAGUAUUAAUCCGCAAACAUGGCGAGGAGUCGAAAAUUUACCCCUUUAUGGCAAAAUAGAGCUGCAGCAGAAUUUGAAUCGCCGAGUUGUUGAGCGUUUAGAACCUUACGUUAGGGAUCGUAAUGCGCUAAAUUUAAUUGAUAGCCUACUCGUUUUGGACCCGUCAUCGCGCCUUAGCGCCGAACAAGCUCUCGACCACACGUUCUUCUUCACUCAACCGCACCCUGCUCCAGACGUCAAAGAUCUAAUGAGCACUAUUACGACGAGUCUGUUCGAAUAUACUGUUGGACGAGGUGCUCAUACCGGGCGAGGUCGUGGUAUGCACCAUCAGAAUCGCCAGAAUAAUCGACCCUCAAUGGCAUCGCAGGGCCAGUAUUUUGAUAUGGUUUUCUGA